GCCUGGGCUCUGAUAGUGGAGCCUGGCAGCCACCUGAUGUUUAUAACUGAAGUCGGCUGCAUGCAGCGCUCUUGGGAGCUAUCUCUACCCUAACGGGGAAAUGAGACAAAAAUAAUUGAAGGGUAUUUGGCUUGGUUAAGUGGGCAGAAGUGUCCUCAUCAAAACAACUUUGAAGACCUGCUUUGUGUGUGGGUGCAAGUGGGUGUGUGGCCCUUAACUUGUUCACAAGGGACAACAACAACAAGGAAUUAACCAAGCUUUCUCAUUGAGAGCAAUCGUCCAGGCAAACCCUCUCUUUUAGUUACGCAAACAACACUGUUGCAGCUUCAGGUUGGACAGACCUAUUUUGGGGCUCCUUGACUACUUUCUGGACGCCCUCACUGAGCCAGUCGGUGGAAGUGAAAGAUGAGUGAUUUUGAAGAAUGGAUUUCCGGGACAUACAGAAAAAUGGAAGAAGGCCCUCUCCCUCUGUUGACUUUUGCUACAGCUCCCUACCAUGAUCAGAAACCAGGAACAAGUGGAUUACGGAAGAAAACCUAUUAUUUUGAGGAAAAGCCAUGCUAUCUGGAGAAUUUCAUCCAGAGUAUAUUCUUUUCCAUAGACCUAAAAGAUCGCCAGGGAUCAUCACUGGUGGUUGGUGGAGAUGGGAGGUAUUUUAAUAAAUCAGCAAUAGAAACAAUAGUGCAGAUGGCAGCUGCCAAUGGGAUCGGUCGCUUGGUUAUUGGACAGAAUGGAAUCCUCUCCACCCCUGCUGUAUCCUGCAUCAUUAGAAAAAUCAAAGCCAUUGGUGGGAUCAUUCUGACAGCCAGCCACAACCCAGGGGGGCCCAAUGGAGAUUUUGGAAUCAAAUUCAAUAUUUCUAAUGGAGGUCCUGCUCCAGAAGCAAUAACUGAUAAAAUUUUCCAUAUCAGCAAGACAAUUGAAGAAUAUGCCAUUUGCCCUGACCUAAAAGUAGACCUUGGUCUUCUGGGAAAGCAGCAGUUUGACCUGGAAAACAAGUUCAAACCCUUCACAGUGGAAAUUGUGGAUUCGGUAGAAGCUUAUGCUACAAUGCUGAGAAACAUCUUUGAUUUCAGUGCACUGAAAGAACUACUUUCUGGGCCAAACCGGCUGAAGAUCCGUAUUGAUGCUAUGCAUGGAGUUGUGGGACCGUAUGUAAAGAAGAUCCUCUGUGAAGAACUUGGUGCCCCUGCAAACUCGGCAGUUAACUGUGUUCCUCUGGAGGACUUUGGAGGCCACCAUCCUGACCCCAACCUCACCUAUGCAGCUGACCUGGUGGAGACCAUGAAGUCAGGAGAGCAUGAUUUUGGGGCUGCCUUUGAUGGAGAUGGGGAUCGAAACAUGAUUCUGGGCAAGCAUGGGUUCUUUGUGAACCCUUCAGACUCUGUGGCUGUCAUUGCUGCCAACAUCCUCAGCAUUCCGUAUUUCCAGCAGACUGGGGUCCAUGGUUUUGCACGCAGCAUGCCCACGAGUGGUGCCCUGGACCGGGUGGCUAAUGCGACAAAGAUUGCUUUGUAUGAGACCCCAACUGGCUGGAAGUUUUUUGGGAAUUUGAUGGAUGCAAGCAAACUGUCCCUUUGUGGAGAGGAGAGCUUCGGGACCGGUUCUGACCACAUCCGUGAGAAAGAUGGACUGUGGGCUGUCCUAGCCUGGCUUUCCAUCCUAGCCACCCGCAAGCAGAGUGUGGAGGACAUUCUCAAAGAUCAUUGGCAAAAGUAUGGCCGGAACUUCUUCACCAGGUAUGAUUACGAGGAGGUGGAAGCUGAGGGUGCAAACAAAAUGAUGAAGGACUUGGAGGCCCUGAUGUUUGAUCGCUCCUUUGUGGGGAAGCAGUUCUCAGCGAAUGACAAAGUUUACACCGUGGAGAAGGCUGAUAACUUUGAAUACAGUGACCCGGUGGAUGGAAGCAUUUCAAGAAAUCAGGGCUUGCGGCUCAUUUUUACAGAUGGUUCUCGAAUCAUCUUCCGACUGAGCGGCACUGGGAGUGCAGGGGCUACCAUUCGGCUGUACAUCGAUAGCUAUGAGAAGGACGUUGCCAAGAUUGACCAGGACCCCCAGGUCAUGUUGGCCCCUCUUAUUUCCAUUGCUCUGAAAGUGUCCCAACUGCAGGAGAGGACAGGACGCACUGCACCCACUGUCAUCACCUAAGAAGACAGGCCAGAUGUGGUACGUCCCUCCACCCCGGACCCAUCCAAGUCAUCUGAUUGAAGAACAUAACAGAAACAAAGUGUAUUCACCAAGCUUUUUAGGAUUUGAUUUUUCCACUAACCAGUUAACAGUGCAUUUGCAAGGCACUGCCAAACAAGAUGCUCUUGGGACCUAUGUGGGAAAGAGGGAAAGAGGACCUGCGGGCUUAUAUCAAUCUCGAUUUCUUUUCAUGCCCUUCUGCAUUGAGGCUGUGUGGAUAUUUGUCUCCUUAGCAUCAGGUAAGGAGACUACAAUGUAAGGUGCAGUGGAUCAUCAGCAGCGAGUGAGGCCAUUCUUCAUCCUUAGGAUGUGGCAGUGAAAAUGACGGUGUGAAUUCUUUUCUCUUUGGAUCUUUCCCCCCAUUUACUGUUUACAUGUAACCCAACAAAAUGCAAUUUCUGGUGCCUUCUGUUCAAUCAGUUCUUUCCUCUGAGCGAGACGUACUUGUCUACAGAUUUCUGCCUUGUUUUGCGACAUUGUCCCAUUCACACAGGUAUUUGGGGAUAAUAAAGGAAAAUAAGCUAC